UAAAAACUCAUUUAAGUGUAAAGACCAUUAUGAUUUCAUAUCCUCGUCUAAGUCCGAGAGGACUUCGAGGACUUUCCAUUUCAAACAUAUUUCUGUGGGCAUUCUCAAGCGUUCUUAUGAUUGCGAUAGUCGUUCGCUACACGAACCUCGGUCAAGGGCCAGACUACGACGAUAUCGGUUCACUGGAUUACGUUUUCGCCGGCAUUUGGGCAGGUUGCUGCUACGGCGUAGCCGGAAUUAUUGGGAUUUGUGGCAGCUACGAACGAAAGCGAACCCAGUUAUUAGCAACAGUGACCUUCAAUGUUCUGUCUCUUGUGGGUGCUAGCAUCAGCGGAUGCAUUGCCGGAAUAAUUGGAUUCUACAUUCGACGACAAUUCAGCAAAAUUUGCUAUCCACCACUUCCAUUUGUAUACGAUGCAGCGGAUGAAGAUUGUAAGAUCUGGAUGAGUCUCGAGUUUGGUUUGUUGCUGUUUAGCACAAUUGCUUUCUUUGUCAACUUAAGCUGCCUGAUAGUAACUCUGAUUGGAUUCUGUGGCCCUAAGAAGAGCACUGGAUUGGUGCGAAUGGAAGUUGGAAAUCCCAAAUAUGAUUUUAAAACAAGAAGGCCAAGUGCAUAAUCUAAUGCCAAUGUGAUUGUACAAAGUGUUUGAACUGUGGAGAUGGAAAACUAUUAAAAUGUAAAAGAAAAA